UGCCCGUCCUCCCCUCCCGCCGCCGCCGGCCGCUGUCAGGAUGAGGCGGAGGAGGCGGCGGCCCGGCCCGGCCGCUCCCGUCUCUCUGCCCGUGGCGUAGCGGUCCCCGCCCGGAGGAGGCCGCGGCGGUGCCGCCCGUCGAGCCAUGGCCCAGCCGGGCCCCAGCGCCCAGACCGAAGAUGCUCUUCUACAACGGGUAGCAGAAUUGGAAAAGGUCAAUGCAGAAUUUCUGCGCACAAAGCAGCAACUUGAGCAAGAAUUUAAUCAAAAGAGAGCAAAAUUUAAGGAGUUAUACCUGGCUAAGGAAGAGGACCUGAAAAGACAGAAUGCAGUGCUGCAGGCAGCCCAGGAUGACCUGGGCCAGCUGCGGACCCAGCUGAUGGAGGCCCACGCUGAAAUGGAGAACAUCAAGGCCAUAGCCACAGUGUCAGAGACCACCAAGCAGGAGGCCAUCGAUGAGGUCAAGAGGCAGUGGCAAGAAGAAGUGGCUUCCCUCCAGGCCAUCAUGAAAGAGACUGUCCGUGACUAUGAGCUGCAGUAUCACCACAGGAUGGAGCAGGAGCGAGCUCAGUGGAGCCAGUACCGAGAGAACAUGGAGCGGGAAAUUGCAGAGCUGAGGAGGAGACUGUCUGAAGGCCAGGAGGAGGAAAACCUAGAAAAUGAAAUGAAAAAGGCUCAGGAAGAUGCUGAGAAGCUGCGCUCGGUUGUGAUGCCCAUGGAGAAAGAGAUUGCAGCCCUAAAGGAGAAACUGGCAGAAGCUGAAGAAAAAAUAAAAGCAGCAUCAGAGGUUAAAGAACUGAAUCAUUAUUUAGAAGCUGAGAAGUCAUGUAGGACAGACUUGGAGAUGUAUGUGGCUGUUCUCAACACACAAAAAUCAGUCCUGCAAGAAGAUGCAGAGAAGUUGAGGAAGGAGCUGCAUGAAGUUUGCCAUCUCCUAGAGCAAGAGAGGCAGCAGCACAACCAGCUGAAACACACGUGGCAGAAAGCCAAUGACCAGUUCCUGGAGUCCCAGAGGCUGCUGAUGAGGGACAUGCAGAGGAUGGAAAUUGUGCUCACCUCAGAGCAGCUCCGGCAGGUGGAAGAGCUGAAAAAAAAGGAUCAGGAAGAAGAUGAUCAGCAAAGGCUUAGCAAGAGAAAGGAAGAGAAGCAAAAAGAUUCAGAUGAUGAAACAAAGGCUUCAUGUUCUCUGGCCCCUGAAGAAACCCUUACCCAGCUCUCUAAUGAAGAGGUGCAUGUGAAUAGCACCCAUGGCUCAGUCCAUUCCCUGGAUGCAGACUUGCUUCUUUCCUCUGGCGAAUCCUUCAAUAAACCAGACACUGAUAUGUUUAAAGAUGGACUUAGGAGAGCACAGUCAACAGACAGUCUGGGCACAUCUGGAUCCUUACAGUCCAAAGCUUUAGGGUACAACAACAAAGCAAAAUCUGCUGGGAACCUGGAUGAGUCAGAUUUUGGACCACUUGUUGGAGCAGAUUCAGUGUCUGAGAACUUUGAUACGGCUUCCCUUGGAUCCCUGCAAAUGCCCAGCGGGUUCAUGUUGACCAAAGAUCAGGAAAAAGCAAUCAAAGCAAUGACACCAGAGCAAGAAGAGACUGCUUCCCUGCUCUCCAGUGUCACCCAGGGCGUGGAAAGUGCUUAUGUGUCCCCCAGCGGGUACCGCCUGGUCAGCGAGACUGAGUGGAACCUGCUGCAGAAGGAGGUGCAGAAUGCAGGGAACAAGCUGGGCAGGCGCUGUGACAUGUGCUCCAAUUAUGAGAAGCAGUUGCAAGGGAUCCAGAUCCAGGAGGCUGAGACCAGAGACCAGGUGAAAAAGCUGCAGGUGAUGCUGAGGCAAGCUAAUGACCAGCUGGAAAAGACAAUGAAAGAUAAACAGGAAUUGGAGGAUUACAUGAAACAAAGUGCUGAAGACUCCUCUAAUCAGAUCUCCUUGCUCAUGGCCAAGUGUCAGAAGUCAGAGAACUUCCUCAGUGAGCUGCAGCAGGCAUUUCUGCAAGCCAAGAGAAGUGUCCAGGAGCAAAUGGCUGUCCUGACACAGUCAAGGGAGCAGGUUUCAGAAGAGUUGGUGAGACUGCAAAAAGAUAAUGAAAGUCUUCAAGGAAAACACAGCUUGCAUGUGUCCUUACAGCAGGCUGAAGAUUUCAUUCUACCAGAAGCAACAGAGGAGCUCCGGGAGCUGAUCCUCAAGUACAGGCAGGACAUCAUCAGUGUGAGGACAGCAGCAGAUCACCUCGAGGAGAAGCUGAAGGCUGAGAUCCUCUUCUUGAAGGAACAGAUCCAAGCUGAACAAUAUUUGAAAGAAAAUAUAGAAGAAACUCUACAGCUGGAAAUAGAGAAUUGCAAAGAGGAAAUAGCUUCCAUUUCCAGUUUAAAAGCUGAACUGGAAAGAAUAAAAGUGGAAAAGGAACAGUUGGAAAGUUCUUCACAGGAAAACCUGCAGCAGCUGGAGAGUCUGCAGGAGGCAAAGAAUGCUCUAGAAGAACAGCUGAAGAAGGAGACUGCAGCAAAGGCCAACCUUGAGCAGCUGGUGUUUGAAGAGAAGAACAAAGCCCAGAGGUUGCAGACUGAAUUGGAUGUCAGUGAGCAAGUGCAGAGAGACUUUGUAAAGCUUUCUCAGACACUUCAGGUGCAGCUGGAGAGGAUCCGGCAGGCAGAUUCCCUGGAGAGGAUCCGUGCAAUCCUGAACGACACAAAACUGACGGACAUUAAUCAGCUCCCUGAAACAUGACAGACACCCUGCUGGGCUCCAAGGCUGUGGCUGAGGUUUUUAACUCAUCUUUAUAGCAACAUUAAUUAUUAUUUAACUCUAACCGAGAGAGCAGAAGACAACAGAGGGGAGCAAUGACUUAAGUUUUGUUUCUAGAGGGGAAAAAGGUUUCGUACUGGGCAGGAAGAGAGAGCACAAGGGUGACUUGUAGUGUAGGAAGGAGAAUUUCUAAUGGAAACACUAAUGAGUGCAGUGUUUCGUGUUCCACUGAGUGGGAUCAGUCCUUACAUUCUGAAAAACUUCCCUCUUUCAGCCGACUUCGUAACCUAAUCUAGAGUUUUGGAACAUAAACCCCUGUCUUUCCCUCUGUUCUUUCCCCCACUACUGUGAUCAAAGUAGCUGCUGGAAACUAUUGUCCCUCCAAAACGUUGAAGAGCAAAGUGGUUGAAGUUUUUCUGUUUGAAUAGUCAGUAACAGUAUUCAGCUAGCAGAGAGAAUGAGGUGUAGAGUAUGCUGUAUGAAUAUUUUAUAUUAAAAUAUGACUUUAUUAGCAGGACACUGGAUAUUGAUCUUAUUUCAUAACUCAGUACUUUUUUUUUUAAAACCAUUGGCUCUGUGAAGAAUCUGAAUGCUGCUGAAAUGUGGAUAUGAGUGAGCUGUGUAUCUCCUGAACAGAUAAAUGCUAAUCCUAAAGAAAAAGAA